AUGCUAUUGCAACAGCGCUGGUGUCAGAGCAAUGUACUGAUCGUUAUGGCGACAAAUUUUGCACAAGUUAAAUAUGUGAAUUCUACUGAUGCGUAUGAACCAAAUCGAACAUGGACCUGUGAUGGCAGGUUCCCUCAAAUUGCAUUCAGAGCAUGUCGGAAGUCUUGCGGUUACUGCGAUUUCUCAGUUAUUGAGUACAACUUGGAAAAUGCACUGAAUUCUUGCAAGGUUUGA